UGGCAACACCGACGUCCUCGCUAGAGGUCGUUCCCUUCAGCCCGCCCGUCUCUUCCCGGAAGGAAGAUGGCGGCAGCUUGACCGAGUCCGGCUGCAAGCGUCCCGGGUGCGCAAGCCUUGUCCUAAAGUUCCCGGGCAGCUUCUGGCCACACUGUGAACCUCCUGCCCUCUGACCAGGUGGCUAUGGCGUCCUGGUGGGCCCCCCUUUGUGGCCUGCCCCCUCACUGCAUCUGGCUCCUGGGGACCAUUCUUCUGCUGGAUGUGGCCGCCCGGCCUGCCAACCACUCAUCUGUGCGGGAGAGAGCUGGCAGGGACGAGAAUGAGAUCCUGCCCCCCGACCACCUGAAUGGGGUGAAGCUGGAGAUGGAUGGACACCUCAACAAGGACUUCCAUCAGGAGGUCUUCCUGGGCAAGGACACCGACGGAUUUGAGGAGGAUGCCGAGCCCCGCAAGAGCCGCAGGAAACUCAUGGUCAUCUUUUCCAAGGUGGAUGUGAACACCGACCGGAGGAUCAGUGCCAAGGAGAUGCAGCACUGGAUCAUGGCCAAGUCAGCUGAGCACUUCCAGGAAGCGGUAGAGGAGAACAAAGUGCACUUCCGGGCCGUGGACCCUGAUGGUGAUGGCCGUGUGUCCUGGGACGAGUAUAAGGUAAAGUUCCUGGCAAGCAAGGGCCAUGACGAGAGAGAGGUGGCUGAGAAGAUUAAGAACCAUGAAGAGCUGAAAAUCGACGAGGAGACACAGGAAGUCCUGGAGAACCUCAAGGACCGCUGGUACCAGGCGGACAACCCCCCCUCGGACCUGCUGCUGACUGAGGAUGAGUUCUUGUCCUUCUUGCACCCAGAGCACAGCCGUGGCAUGCUCAAGUUCAUGGUCAAAGAGAUUGUGCGGGACCUGGACCAGGAUGGUGACAAGCAGCUGUCCCUGUCUGAGUUCAUCUCUUUGCCUGUGGGCACUGUGGAGAACCAGCAGGGCCAGGACAUCGAUGACAACUGGGUGAAGGAGAGGAAGCGGGAAUUUGAGGACCUCAUUGACGCCAAUCAUGAUGGCAUCGUGACCAUGGAGGAGCUGGAGGACUACAUGGAUCCCAUGAACGAGUACAGCGCCCUCAAUGAGGCCAAGCAGAUGAUUGCCAUUGCCGAUGAGAAUCAGAACCACCACCUGGAGCCUGAGGAGGUGCUCAAGUACAGUGAGUUCUUCACGGGCAGCAAGCUGGUGGACUAUGCCCGCAACGUGCAUGAGGAGUUCUGAGCACAGAGCCCGUAUCACCACAUCUGGCUUCUGGGAACUGCCCAGAGCCCCGCUGCUGGCCCCGCUACAUUAGAGCAGAGGCUGGGACUGCCCCGUGGGAAACAACCACUCCUGCCGUUUCCUGGAAAACUGGCACAUAGAGCAAGCUUGCUGUGCUGGAAACGGCCAGUGCAGCAGGUGGGGGCGAGGGUGGGGGUGGGGUAGUGUGCGGGGGCAGUCAGAGCUGCCCCAUCACAACAUCUGCUCUCCAAGAAAACGAAAACACUUGUGACAAGAAUCGCAUUAAUUUACUUUAAAAAUU